CUAAUAUUUUUUGUAACACAUUCAUAUUCAGUAAACAGAAUAACAGUAGGGAUUGAAGGCUAUGUUAGCUGUUAGGGUUAUAGAGGUGAAUGGAAUUAUCUUUUUCUUUAAUCGUCUGGCUAAUGUCUUUCAGUUAAAACUACACAAGAUUACCUGUAAAAACGGAUUCCUAAAGUGCAUUAGGAUUCAGUUUCGAUAAAUUAAUUUUGUAAUCUUGCACAUAAAAAUUAUACAAAAUGACUAAUAUGGCUUCUUUUAUCGUAAAGUUUGUUUGUUGUCUUACGUACAUUUUCGUUGGAACCAUACACGCCGCCCCUUCAACAAAAUUGGCAAAAGGUUUUGUGCAAUGCAAAUUAAGUGAUCCGGCUAUAAGCGAAUGUAUGAGAAAUGAGUUACAGCGGGCUACUCCUUAUUUGUCAAAAGGUAUUCCGAGUCUCGGAUUACUUCCGACGGAUCCACUGAGAAUCAGUUCAUUAACAAUAGAUAAGGGUAUAGGAGGUGUAAAUCUGAAGUUUAAAGAUCUAGAUAUUUUAAACAUGAGAUCAACAAUUAUCAAGGAUUUGACAUUUGAUCCGAAGAAUUUUACACUAAAUGUUGCUAUUGUCGUCCAAAAACCAAUUAUAUUAGAAGGUCAAUAUGAAACAAAUGGUAGAGUAAUAAUUUUGCCCAUUAAUGGAAAUGGAACAUGUAGAUUUACUUUAGACAAUUACAAAUCGUUUAGUGUUGUUAAAAUGAAGCCAGUACUUAAAAAUGGCAUUACACAUUUAGAAGUUAAAAGUUUAGAUUUUAAGUUUACAACUUCAAAAAUGCAUUUAAUAAUGAAUAAUUUAUUUAACGGAGACAAAAUUCUUGGUGACAACAUGAACUUAUUUUUAAACGAGAAUUGGAUGGAACUGUUAAACGAUAUGCAACCAGCUUUUGAAAAAGCGUUGAGUGUUGCUUUUAUUUCGAUCGCGCAAGAAUUCUUUAAUAGGAUUCCAUUAAAUCAAAUUUUUAUAGAUUAAAUAUAAUUUUAAUACACAUCAUAUUAUUUUUGUAUAAUAAAUUAUUUGUAAAUAAUCAUUAUAUAUUAAACUGCAGUAAUCUUAAUUUAAAAAUAAGUUAAAAAAUUACUGUGUAAUUGAAUAAUAAUUUUAAGUACAUUUUUAUAAGUGUUAUUCAAGUUAUUCUAACUGAAUGAUAUCACUCCUAGCUUUGUAAAUUAAACUUGUAAUUUUUAAUUAUGUAAAUAAUGUUGUAAAUUUUUAAUUCUUAUAUAUAAUAUGUAUUACAUUUUAAAUAAUUUGGCGUUGGUUUUUAUAAAAACAAUAUUUUCAAUAAACAAUAAAAUCAUUAAGUGUAAUGUAAUGAUUACUGAAUUAUAAUGUAAUAGACAUAUUUUAUAUAGAUAAAUAGAUUACAUUUUUUUUUUUUUUUGUAUUUUACAAAUACAAGUAAUUGUCAUAACUAUAUUAUUGUACCGUUUAUCUGAAUGAUAAAUUAAUAAUUAACAUUAUGUUAACCAGUAUAUAAUAUAAACUGGUAGUGAACACGCUUAUAUAAUAUAUAUAUUACAUCAUGAUGAUCGUGCAGUCUGGUGUUCAGUGUUCACCUUAACACUGCAAACAACAUAUUAAUUAAUAAGUAAUGGUGACCAUCACACUAUACCGCGGAAACACCUUGACGGUUAUCUGAACAUUUUUUUUUCACAAUUCUAAUUCUAUACAAUUAUACUGGGUGAUUCAUAUUGAAUAACAAUCAUUAUUUCAAAGCA